AUGGGUUCUAAAAAUCCAAAAAUAAUAGUCGAUGAUCAAGAUUUUAUAUUAGCUGAGAAGAGAGUGGAAAAGACAACUUGGAGAUGUUGUAGGUACUACUAUUCUAUGACAGAAAGGUGUAAAGUAAAAUUAAUUACUGCUAAACGAACAGUACAAGUUAUUGGUGAACAUAAUCAUCCGAUAAAACCAAGAACAGAUCAAAAGAAUAUGAUACCCCAAAACGUAACCAUCGUGAGGAAAAAGUGUUGA